AUGAGUGAAGAAAUGAGUGUACAUACAGAGAAUCAUACAUGGGAUUUAGUUGAUCUUCCAUCUGGUAAAAGAGCUAUUGGCUGUCGUUGGGUGUAUACUAGAAAAGAUAGUGGAAAAUUAAAGGCAACACUUUUAGCUCAGGGUUUUAGCCAGAUUGAAGGAGUUGAUUAUCUGGAGACUUUUGCACCUGUUAUUCGUUCAGAAUCUAUUAAAUUAUUGUUAGCUCUUGCUGCCAGAACAAAGAGGGUGGUUCAUCAAAUGGAUGUGACCACUGCAUUUCUUAAUGGAUACUUGAACGAAGAAAUCUAUAUGAGACAAGCUCCAGGUUUUGAACUUGAUAAUAAAGUGUAUAAAUUAGUCAAAAGUUUAUAUGGACUUAAACAAGCUCCAGCUGCUUGGAAUAGAGUUAUUAAUCAGGUUUUAGAAAAUGAUGGCUUUAAAAGAAUUAGAGCUGAUUUAGGACAAUAUAUUGAAGGAAGCAUUUAUGUUGGACUCUAUGUUGAUGACUUACUUAUAGCUGGUGAAACAGAACAAGAAAUUAAUGUCAUUAAAAAUUUACUUGGUAAAAAUUUUAAAAUGAAGGAUUUGAAAGUUCCAAAGAAGUUCGUAAUGGGCUUGUUAUCACGUCAUUUUCAUCUUCCAGAAGAACGUCACUUACAGGCUGCUAAGCAUGCUGAAUAUAUGGCUAUGGCUGAAGCUGUGAAAGAAGGGCUUUGGUUAAUACAAGUUUUUCAAGAUACAAAUGUAGAUAUUGAACUACCAGUUGUGAUUUAUGGAGAUAAUACAUCAGCUUUUACAUUAAGUGAUCAUCCAGUUUUUCAUCCCAGAACAAAACAUAUCGAUGUUAGAUAUCACAUCUUAAGGGAUCAUAUAUUAAGGGGAGACAUUGUAUUCAAACAUGUACCUACACAGUUUAUGUUGGCGGACAUGUUUACUAAAGGAUUAGAACAGGUGAAGUUAAAAAGACUUAUUGAAUUGAGUGGUUUAUAUAAAGAAGACUUGCAUUAA